GGUUACUAAUUAGAAGACUUGCUAUGUUUUUUUUACAAUGCAUUAUCAGGGUAGGGAGGCUGUAGAAGUGACGAAGUGACUGUCACAACGUGGACAGUUUUCUAUUUUAUUAUGCAUUCGUCAUAUGUUAUGCUUGUUGGAGCGGAUAGUUUUACUUUGUUAGAUGCAUAUGCCACGAAGACAUCUUAUUAUGCGCUCAAAAGCCUCUAAUUGCUUGUUUUCAUUCUAUUACACAUAUUGUUUCAUUUAUAAUAUUGAUUGCAUAAUGCGCUUCGUAAAUUUAAAUAGCACUGAUUAAAAAAGUUCCCAUAUUUUCUUGACUUGUCACCUGCAUACUAUUUUCGUAUAUAUAUACAUAUAUUACUCCUAAUAAGCCCGGUAAGCAAAACAAACCUACAUAUCUAUGUACAGCUUCACUAUGAUUAAUAUGCUAUUGGGGAUUAUUUGUGCUAUAAUGCAUUAUUUAUAAAUGAGAUGAUUUUGUUAACUGAAAUCUACUGAUAAUGAUUUAAUAAUUGUAUGACAAAAUCUUUUUGUCGCGCUAUUAGGUGGUCAAUUUAACGGAAGGAAUACUCCUAUACGUGGAUUCAAAUUCGCUAUUUUAUAGUAUAAAUUAAUAUAUUUGACUAUUUAAGCGAUAUGAAACAUUUUGGACUAUAGCAUCAAAAAUUAGUAUACGAAUUAGACAAUUACAUUCAAUAUUAUUACAAAUAAAAAAAUGUAUACUUAAAUGGAAUCAUUACGUCAAUUCUAAAAAUUUUAAUUUAAUACCCAGUUUUCCAAAAUGCAAAUGCAUUAGUUUCUAGACUGUGAAUUAUUGAAAUUUGUAACAUAGUACCAUAAUAUUAGACAUAUGUUUUCAAUUGCUAAUUGUACAAAAGUACGUGCAUUACAUAAUAAAAAAUUGCAGUAUACAUAACACAGUAAAAUAAAAGUAUCUAUAUUUUAUUGCACGGUGUUAUGUAUAUAUUUAAUGAGUGAGGGAAAUAUUUGUGUAUGACGAAAUUAAAUAAAUCAACAUAUACGGUUAUUUAACCAUACCCAUAUUUUAUAAAUGUUUCAUGUAAAUUAUACAAAUAUUCUAAAAAAUAAAACGUAUAAAUCAAAAUGAUAUAGAGGUUCACAUCAUAAAACUCCAGAAUCUAAAAUGUUUUUAUUAUCUAACUGGGUAGAGUGAGUACGAGUACAUCGUUAGUCAAAUCAACGCACAUUACGUUUGCAAUUUUUUAUGAAUGAAGUGUUGUGACUGGGAUCUCAAUAUCGUAGUAUUUACAUACAUAACAUACCUACAUAUAUAUUUUUAUGUAUAAAUUAACUCAGAGGAAUUGCUUUUGUCUCAAAAAAUACUACAAACUCAUGAUAGUAUAAAGGUUACUAAGCACAUUUAUGAUAAGCCAUGUACUUUGUUUGAUUCAAAUCAUUUUGAAUGAUUUUUUAAGUGCAUCAUGCGUAAUAGUUUGCCAAUUGAAAAUGUUAAAGUUAAAUUCUUUUUCGUAUAUCAUCGUGUAAAUUCGUGCAUUACGCCGGCUACGUGGCGUGACUGUUUUCACUUCGUGGCUUAUCGCCAGUUUCGCUCAUCCGCGGUUUUUGGUCAGUGUGUUUUGUUUCAAUUAUUAUUUUUUGUUUGCUUGUAUGAGAGUAUAUGUAUAUGUCGGUUGUGAUUGUUCUUAACUAUGGAAGUGUUACAUCCCACAGCGAAGUUAAUGCAGGGACUACAAUUUGCUGCCAGGGCACAUCGUACACAACUUCGCAAAGAUAAUGAGACACCCUAUAUUAAUCAUCCUAUAAAUGUGGCAACCAUACUCGCUGUGGAGGGUGGUAUCUCCGACGAAACUGUACUUAUUGCUGCUCUUUUGCAUGACACUGUCGAGGAUACCGAUGUCACAUUUGAGGACAUUGAGACACAUUUCGGUGAGGAAAUUUGCGGAAUUGUACGUGAGGUUACCGACGAUAAGACUUUGGAGAAACAAGAACGCAAACGUUUGCAAAUCGAACAUGCGGCAACCUCGAGUAAGAAGGCAAAAUUGGUCAAAUUGGCGGAUAAGUUGGAUAACCUGCGUGAUUUAGGCAGAAAAGCGCCAAUCGGUUGGUCGCUUGAACGUCAAGAGCAAUACUAUGUUUGGGCUAAGAAAGUGGUGGAUAAUAUGCGUGGCACAAAUGCAGAGUUGGAGCGGAAAUUAGAUGAUAUUUUUAAAGAGAAAAAACUACUUUAAUUUCUAAAAAGAUACAAAUUUAAUAUUUUAUAACCUAAUAUUUUUUGAAUUUAAUAAAAAUUUUGUUUGCAAACAAACAAA